AUGUUGGUCGUUGAGUGCAGAGGAACGCCCUACGAGAUCGGCCACCAACACGGCUCCGCGGCCAAAUUGGAAGUGGGCCGUUGCAUCGACUUCUAUGGUGCCCUAUUCCAGAAAAAUUGUAAGCAGACGUGGACGCAGGUCCUUGAAACGGCUUCCAGUUUCGAGCAACAUAUCCGCGUUACUUGGCCGGCAUACCAUGAAGAGAUGCGAGGAGUUGCGGAUGGCGCGGGUGUGGAGCUGUUGGAUAUCGUGGCGUUGAAUGUGAGGACUGAGGUUGCGUUCGGGCAAUUUAGUGAUGGAUGUACUAGUCUGGCGUGGCAUACAGAGAAGAGGGUUUUCUUAGGACAGAAUUGGGAUUGGAUGGAUGAGCAAAAGAACAACCUCAUUAUAACCAAGAUCACCCAGUCUGGCAAACCAGCAAUCCAGCAAAUCACCGAAGCCGGCAUCAUUGGAAAGAUUGGAUUCAACUCAUCCGGCGUAGGAACACUACUGAAUGCAAUCAAAGUGAAAGGUGUCGAUCCGAGCAGAAUGCCAGUGCAUCUCGGCCUUCGGAUGGCGCUCGAGAGCAAUUCCGCUAUGGAAGCGGUUCAGAAAUUGGAGAGCUAUGGGAUGGCAUCUUCAGCACAUAUUCUUAUUGCAGACACGACUACCGCUGUUGGCCUUGAGUUUACCAAAUCGACUUUCGCAAGGUGUCUUCCCGACUCAUUGCGCCGGGUUGUGCACGCGAAUCACUUCCUACUCGAGCACCCAGGCGAAGUCGACACUGUGUGGUUAGAGGACUCUCCCGUUAGAGUAAAGACCAUGACAGAGAAUUCAAGUAAGGUUGGAGACGGCCAACGCCAGCCAACAUGGGAGGAGGUAGGCCGACUGUUUGAAGACGAGCAAAACUACCCGACUGCAAUUUGCCGCGCGGAAGAGGCCGGUAGCGGUACCAGAACGCUUUUUAAUAUCCUGACAGACCUGAAGACCAGGACAGCAGUGAUUCGUAAGGGACUGCCAACGAAAGUUGAAGAGACGGUGACGAUGUCGCUGUAG